AUGGAUACGUUUUGGCAGUCGGUUCAUACAUCGACAGGCAAAGAUAAAAAACGAUCCCAGCUUCAACAUAGCAACUGCCAGCGGUCAUGCAUCUUCCAAGACAGAGCAGCCUGUGAAACACAGUCUGAUUACAGUCCCCUGUCCUCCACCAGCAGUGAGCUCUCCAUGGGCGAGCUCCAGGACCCCUUCCUGGUCAGCGUCCACCUGCUGGCCGACCCCGGCCAGGCCCGGGUCCUGCAGCGGGCCGCCGACGCCGUGCUGUCCUGGGUUCACCCCGACCUGCAGCUCUUCAGGGUCUCCGAACGAGCCUCCGUCUACCGGCCGGCCCGGCCCGGGCGCCUCCAGAACGGCGGCCCGGCGGCGGCCUGCCAGCCGGCGCUGGCGGUCAUCCUCUUCCUCCAGGAGGCGUCCGGCGGCGAGGAGCAGAUCGCGACGCUGCGCCGGACCCUGCGGGAGCCGCCCUGGCGCUACCACCACACCGAGAAGGUCAGCAACGGCCGGCGGAUGCUUCCCCUGACGCCGUGCAGCCAGGACUUCUUCACCCUGGCGCCCGGCACGCCGCUCUGGGCCGUGAGGCAGGUCCACUACGGCAAGGAGGUGGUCCGGUUCACGGUGUACUGCCGCCACGAGGCCUACCCGGACAUGGUGCGGCUGUACAGGCUGCUGCUGCGGCGCCGGCUGGCGCAGAAGAAGGAGGACUUCUGCUUCUUCGUGGUGUACUCCAACCCCGACAUGGAGGUCCAGCUGUCCUUCAAGAGGCUGCCGCGGGGGCGGAGUCCCGCCGCGCUGGAGUCCGCCGUCAUGGAGGUCCGGGUCCGCGACGUGGGCGAGCUGGUGCCCCUGCUGCCGCGCCCCUGCAGCCCCAUCAGCGAGCUGCGCUGGCAGACGGAGGACUGCGACGGCAACAAGCUCCUGCUGCAGGUCCAGUCCGUCCACUUCAGACCCGUCCAGGACGCCUGGCUCGUCUCCUCCGCCGUCUCCGAGUCCGCCUCGGCUCCGCCCACCUCCACCCGCACCGCCUCCUCCCACAAGACCCGCCGCUACCAGCCGCGGGCGGCGCCCCGCCCCCGACGCCAGGCGUCCCACGGCUCGCUCCCCCUGGCCUGCGAGGACCCGGACGAGCCCGAGGACCCUCUGCACCCCGACGGCUGGAGGUCCCGGUGGGGGAGCCGCCGCUCCGGCUCCAUCUUCUCUCUGCCCAACCUGGGCUCCGGCGGCUCCCGCUCCACCUGCUCCUCGCCCCACCCCCGCCACGGGAGCCCCUCCCUUCACCGGAGCUCCUCCCUGGUCCCCCCCUUCCGGCUGAACGUGGACGCUCUGAUCGGAGCCGAGGAGACGGACGUGGACACGGGGGACAGGGUGCCCUCGGGCGGCGGCGUGGAUCUGACCGUGGUGUCCGCCUACAUCAAGUCCGGGGCGCCGCAGACUUCCCGGCCGUUAUCGGCGCCGCCCGAAGACGUCGGGCCCCCCUUUCCCCCCGUCGGUCCAGAGACGGUCUUCAGGUCGGCGACACUGGGCCGGACUCAAACCGACUUCUCCGUCCGGAGCACCCCCUCCACCCUGCCGGGGUCACGACCUCACAGCGCCAGGGCAAACGCCAGCGCCGCGGCGUCCUUAAGCGACGUUUCCCUGAAGCAGUCGGACGGUGUGGAGGAGGACGAGGACGAAGACGAAGACGAAGACGACGACCAAGAAUUCUACAUUUGACAUGCUGUGAUGUCCAACGGCUCUGCGCUGCCCCCUGGUGGUCGGACAGCUCUGCGCUGCCCCCUGGUGGUCGGACAGCUCUGCGCUGCCCCCUGGUGGUCGGACAGCUCUGCGCUGCCCCCUGGUGGUUGGACAGCUCUGUUCUGCCCCCUGGUGGUUGGACAGCUCUGUUCUGCCCCCUGACGGUCAGACAGCUCUGUUCUGCCCCCUGGUGGUCGGACAGCUCUGCUCUGCCCCCUGGUGGUCAGACAGCUCUGCGCUGCCCCCUGGUGGUCGGACUGCAGCACAGCACUUGGUUUAUGUACUCGUGUGUUUGUGGACGUUGUGUUCUUUCAUGUAGUUUUCCUGUAAA